AUGGCGCACACCCCGGAGAUGGCGCGCUUUCUACAGCAGCUACAAGCGGAAACACAGCGCCAGAAGUUCACCGAACAAGUGCACACGUUGACCGGGAGAUGUUGGGACGUCUGCAUCGGCGACAGCAGACCCGCUGCCAAGCUUGAUGGAAAGACAUCAACCUGCCUCCAAAACUGCGUCAACCGAAUGUUGGACGCCUCGCAACUAAUGGUCGAUCAUUUACAAAAAAUGGACAAA